CUCUGCCUUGCACCCAAUCAUUGUAGACCCAUUAUUACCCUUUGUUUGUAGCGUAAAUUAGUAUUAUUAUCUAUUGUCUGGUUUAGCGUUUUCCUUUCGGUCAUUUGCAUCACGUAUUCGUCGUGUAAAGAGUCGCAGAUAUUUGUCUGUAUUGUGGACUGUUUAUUUAUCUGUUAUAUAUUUUAAUUGUAUUAGCCUCCCGGAUCGGAAAACGUUUGAAAACCGCUGUUCUUUGCCAAGAAUAUAAAGAAGUGAUUUAUGCAGGUGUCUUGUUUGUGGACAAAGGGGCUGAGAGUGGCGCGUUCGAUACGUUUUCAUUGUGUCUCGUCGAUAUAGAUUCCGGGCUAUCAAAAAGACGUGACAUAAAAGUUUUCAAACGUGCUUCAAAAUUCAAACGAUUUCAAGUCUCCAAACAUAAUUUGUGAAGUUUUCAAUGAUAUUAACGUUAAUACCAAAAUUCUCAAGUUUUCAACCAAAGGGUUUCAAACAUUAAUUCGGGUUCUCAAUAAUGGCAACCGGUGGUAGGUCGGAUGACCAACAUCAGGCAAUGAUUAGCAAUGCUCCUGGCAGUUUUAAUGAAUUUAAAACUCAUCUAGAUGUUUGCAGGAGUUCCAGUGACGUUAGCGACGUGAGUUCUUCAGCGUCAUCGACUUUCUCCGUCCGGAAUGCAAGAGUGAAGUUGGAGCUGGCACGCCUAAAGGCCCGUCAAGAAGAAGAACUCUCAGCUUUAGAAUACGACUUGCGUAAGCUUCAGACAAGACACGCUUUACAGGCUGCUGAAACAGAAUCAAAGCUGUGCCAGGGCGAAGCGAAAAAUGCCAUUGAUCAUUGCUCAAUGAUGGAACCGAGUCGCGGAUAUCGCGAAGCUAUGAGAGAGCUGAAGAAUGAAUAUGGUAAAGAUCGUGUCAUUUCCCGCACCUGUUUGGACAGGUUGAAGCGUGGUCCGAAGUUGAACUUUGACGACGCGAAAGGUAUGCAAGCGUAUGCGCGACUGAUGCGGAAAUGUGGCUUAGUUCUUGGAGAAAUCAGUCAAUCGAUUACUCAUGAGAAGUUGGAGCCACUGCUAGUUGAUGAAUUCUGGCGUCGAUGGAUUAAAGAGUACCUGCCAACAAUAACACAAAGGUCAAAAUGGACGAGAGGACGUGAUAACUUCAAAGUCGACGAUAUGGUUCUGCUAGUUGAUGAAUCGAUUCCUCGCGGUCGAUGGACUGUUGGGAUGGUUAUAAAUACCUUCCCAGACAAACAUGGACUCGUCCGCUCAGUGUUGGUGAGAACCGGCACAAAUGUUGUCAGACGACCCAUUACUAAACUAUGUCGAUUUCUAGAAGACCAAAAAUAGUGGAUCGAAUUAUUGUUUCAUUUACGUUUAAUUUUUUAGAAUAUAUUCCCUGGGUCAUAUAUUCGGGUGGGGGUAUGUUACGUUGUAAACGUACGUUUGUCGUAUAUUUUGCCACUGUAUGCAGUGCAUCGUGCUCUGCCUUGCACCCAAUCAUUGAAGACCCAUUAUUACCCUUUGUUUGUAGCGUAAAUUAGUAUUAUUAUCUAUUGUCUGGUUUAGCGUUUUCCUUUCGGUCAUUUGCAUCACGUAUUCGUCGUGUAAAGAGUCGCAGAUAUUUGUCUGUAUUGUGGACUGUUUAUUUAUCUGUUAUAUAUUUUAAUUGUAUUAGCCUCCCGGAUCUGAAAACGUUUGGUGAGAAAUUUGCCUUUUGUUGUUGUUAUAUGCUUUGACUUAUGUUAAUCAAU